AUGAAACAUUCUUAUGAAUGGAUUAAUGAUGAUGAAUACGAUGAACAGAAUUUGGAUUUUGAUAUAAUAUUUGAUAAUCCACAUCCACAUCUCAUUCGUUUGUAUAAUGACUUUAAUAAUUGUUGUGACGACGAAUAUUCUAAUGAGAAUCGGAAUAAGCAGAAUCAGAAAAUAUAUGCCAAAAAGUCUCGAAAAGUUACUAUCGAAUCAAAGUUCUGA